GUUGGCCGCUGCCUAGCCAUAGAGUUUGACAAUUGACACUUGACAGCCAUUCCUCCAUCCCUUCUCUUCUCUUUUGCUUUCCCCCUCAGUGGCUCCGGUUUCGCUUUUUCCCUUUCCCAAUUUCCCAAUUUCCAUCCUCAUCCCACCCCAAAACCUAACUCAAUUCAAGCUCUCGCACUUCCAAUUCAAUUCGCUUCACCUGCUCUCUUGGCUGGCAGAGAUCCGUGCGUGCAAAGAUUUCUACUCUUACGACUUCUGGCCGAAGAUAAUAGCCCCGGUGGUCUUAGACUGGAGGGAGAAGAAAUGAAAAUGGCGGUGAUGUCGAUGCAGUCGCUGCCGCUGGGGUUUCGAUUCCGGCCUACUGACGAAGAACUCGUCAAUCACUAUCUUAGGUUGAAGAUCAACGGCCGUGAUUCCGAGGUCGAGGUCAUCCCUGAAAUAGAUGUUUGCAAAUGGGAGCCCUGGGAUCUUCCUGGUUUAUCCGUGAUCAAGACGGAUGAUCCAGAGUGGUUCUUCUUCUGCCCCCGCGACCGCAAGUACCCAAAUGGGCAUCGCUCAAACAGGGCUACUGAAGCUGGCUACUGGAAGGCCACGGGCAAGGACCGUACUAUCAAGUCUAGAAAGCCCGGCUUCCACCCAGUCUCCAUCGGUAUGAAGAAGACCUUGGUGUUUUACAGGGGCCGUGCCCCCAAGGGCGAGCGCACUCACUGGAUUAUGCACGAGUACCGUCCUACUGAGAAAGAUCUUGAUGGAACUGCACCCGGACAGAGUCCGUUUGUCCUUUGUCGCUUGUUCCGGAAGUCGGAGGAGAAGAUCAUGGUUGUGAAAUAUGAUGAAGUGGAGCAAACUGGUUAUUCUCCUACCACCACCAAGUCUUCCCCUGAGGAUACAUCGUCCGAUGUGGUUCAGGAGACGGCGACAUCUUUUUUCCGGGUGGGGAAACAGUCGGAUGCUUCGUGCGAUAACAUGACCCCUACUGCUUUGGUACCUGCUACUGAUAGCAGCUGCAACAAUAGCCUUAUGAAUUCAGAUGUGGAAGAUCAUGGAGCUGACACAAAUGCUGAGGAGGUGGAGUUUGGAAAUGGAUUGGUGAUGGAUGGAAGUUCUCUUCCUGAUGAGCUCACAUAUGGCAGGGGCGAUUUUAACGUGUUCUCCCCAAUGCAGCCACAUCCUUAUGGGGACCUUGGACUUAACUUUGACUCACAGUAUGCCAAUGACUUCGGUGACGACCUUAAUGGACUCCAUUUUCAGGAUGGCACAAGUGAACAAGAUGUAUCACUCACUGAUUUGUUGGAUGAGGUGUUCAAUGGUAACGAUGAGUGGUCUUGUGAGGAAGCCUCCAGUGAGAAGAAACCAGGCUUACCACUCGAUAACUUCCAUGUGAUGGACGGUAAUCAUGCAUACAACGAUGUUGGUGCAAAAAUGACUCAAGCACAGAUGCAACCUUCUUUUGGAUCUUUUGGCGCACAAACACCAUUCUUUGAUAGGGAAGUUGGAAGCAGAAACGUUGUUGACCUCGGAGAUGGUUUUAUGAGGCAAGCUGCUGCUCGUGGUGCUGACUCUACAACAACCACAUCCUUUGGAAUGUUCCACCCAGUAGAGAACUCUGUAAGCUUUAGCAAUGGAGUUGGGGGGAGUACUGGAAUCAAGAUUAGAACACGGCAACCCCAAGUUCGAUCAUCGUCAGACAACUUCUCCGGUCAGGGUACUGCUCCAAGGAGACUACGUCUGCAGGCGAAACUUUCAACAGGGCAAAGUGAAACUGCCCAAACGAAAGACACAAGCUCCGUGGAGGAUAAAGAUGAAGUGCAAUCAACAUUGACCGAGGAACAAGAUGCGACUACUGAUGAGCAACUGAAAGAAGGAGGUGAUUUUGACAAGAGUAAUAGCAGCAGGAGGAAUGUGAAGUUGAGGCAGAGGGUGAAAGUGAAUAGUGAGCUGGAUGGCGAGAAGGGUUCCCUGGGAGACGCAAAUGCAGGUUCAGUUUCUGUGACUUAUGGGAAGGGUGGGUUUAGAUCAACAACCUGGGUGAUUGGUGUAUCUGGAGUCCUGUUUUUGGCUGUGGGGUUGGUUGGGAUAUGCAGAUGCCUGUGGUCAUGAUUGGUAUAUGCAUAUGCUGGGAGGGGGAAGCCAGGAGCCUGUUAAGGAAGUCAGUGUGGACGUUGUUACAGUCUAGCGAGUCCCAUAGUCAAUGUAUUAGUUUGCUUUUGUGAUUUGUAGUGGUAAGAUGUGGAUUUGAUGCAGCAGGGCAUAGUAUAGUAUGGUUUAGUCCAAAACAGAUGAUGUUGUGUUUUAGGACCCGUCGACAGUUGACUAGUUUUCUGGGGGUUUUGUUGUUCUCUCUUUGAUGAUUCCGACUUGACAAUCUAAUGAUCUUUAUGGUUGUAGACUGACUGAUCAGCUUUAGAAUGAAUAAAUGUGUGUAUAUCAAGUUUAACUAGGGAUCUUGCACUAUCUGACUCGCCUCACUUGGUUAUGUGCAAGUAUUCCCUGUCCGAUAAGCAUCAUAAGUUUGUUCUCUAA